UCCACUGAAACCUCCCGGACAAACACAGCGGCUUUCCUUCAGCUCAGGCAAACUGACGGUCUGAUUGAGCCGAGGAUCUUUUCCCUCGUUCGCUCUCGGAAUCUCUCUCUCCCACUCUCUCUCCCUUCCCUUCCCUCUCUCCCUGCUGGCUCCUCCGCCCUCUCUGCCGCGGCUGGCACCAUGCUGCCAGGGCUCUGGGGCUCUGGCUCGGUGUGUUUACUGCUCACGGUUGCCCUGGUCGAUGCCGGGCUGACCGUCAACAGGACGGAGUGUGGAUGCAAAUGUCGGGGUGCCCGUAAAGCCCGCAGCACGAUCCAACGCAACUGUGAGCUGGGACCGUGGUCCCCUUGGGCCAGGUGCUCUCCGUGCGAGAUGUCAAAGCCCCGGUUCCGGAGCCUGACGAGACCGGCACAGUUCGGUGGCCAGUGUAUCGAGGCGCUGUGGCAAUACGAUCCUUGCGAGACGAGCGAGCAGUGCGUCCAGCAAAUAAACACGUGUGGCGACCAAUUUCACUGCGGCUCAGGCCGCUGUCUGAGGCGCAGGUUAGUGUGCAAUGGAGACAGAGAUUGUACGGAUCAGUCCGACGAGGAAAACUGCGACGACUACCAAUUGGACAAGGAGCGAACUCUCUGUACCGACAUGUUACCCAUCCCGGGGAUGGAGGUGGUGAUGGUUGGCUAUAACGUGCUGACAGGAGAGAUCGGCAGCAACGUGUUAGACGCAGAGUAUUUCGGAGGCUAUUGUGAGUACGUGUAUAACGGGGAGUGGCGGGACCUGAGGUACGACAGCGAGUGCGAGAGGCUGUACUACAACGACGAUGAGAAGUAUUUCCGCAAACCACACAACCUUCUGAUGUACCGUAUCGAGGCAGUCGCUGACUCGGGAUUUGCAGUGGAGGCUUACGAUGACCUGAACAGUUUACUGGAGGCCUCUGUGACCGGCGACUCGAUGAGCUUGGGAUUGAGCGUACAGGUGAAUGUGAAAGUCUCCAUGGAAGGAAGCGAGCACUCAAGGCAUCUCAGCAACCUGACCAAGUACACCAGCAAGAACAUGGCGUUCACACGCAUCUCCACCAAGGUCCAGACGGGACGUUUCCGGCUGCGAAGCCGGGAUCUGGUGCUGCACGAGGAGAUGCUGUCCUCGGUGCUGGAACUCCCCGAGGAGUACGAUUACGCCAUUUACUCGCGCUUCAUCAGCCAGUACGGCACCCAUUACCUCACCGCCGGCACUCUGGGUGGCGUCUUUGAGUCCGUGCUCGUCAUGGACAAGCAGAAGCUACGGGAGUCAGAAAUGACGUCAUCGAAGGUUGGGGUUUGCUUGGGUUUCUCAAUUGGAGUAUCCAAUGUGCACUUUGGUGGCCACAGCUGUCGGACUACAGGUUCCUCUCACCAGGAAUCAAAGAACAGCUCCUCCUACAUUCAGGACAUCAUCACCACAGUGCGGGGAGGAGCCUUGCAGUCUACUCCCAACAGCUUCCCAGAUUACAAGGCUUUCCGGCACUGGGGCCAAUCCCUGAAAUACAAUCCCAUCGUCACGGAUUUUGAGACCAUGCCUAUCUAUGAGCUCUUGACCAGGAGUAACGCACGCUCCUCCGAGGCCCAGCGAGGGAACCUGCGGCGAGCGGUGGAACAGUAUCUGAGGGAGUUCUCCCCGUGUCGCUGUCCAAUCUGCUUCCACAACGGCCGCACCUUGCUGUGGAAUAAUAUCUGCCGCUGUGACUGUCUUCCGGGAUACCUGGGCCAGACCUGCCAGGAGACCAAGCGGACAGAGCCCGCCCACGGAAGCUGGGGCUGCUGGUCGGACUGGUCACCAUGCCAACGAGGCUCGAGGCAGCGGGCACGCAACUGCGACCACCCCCCACCUGGACCUGGGGGGCUCACGUGCCUGGGAAAGCCCACGCAGAGCCAGCGGUGCUAGAACUGGCGGGCGGUGAUACCCCUGACCACUCCCCCUCUCGCCAACCACCAACCCCUCCCGCCCUGAACCACCCGCCCUCUCGCCAACCACCA